AUGGCAGACUCACUACCGUCCAGUAUUGCAACAAAUAUUUUGGAGACGAUAACUUACCUUGAUUCCCCAAAAACAUGUUUUUCGAGGAAUCUUCCAAUAGAAAUAAUGAAGCUCCGAAGAACGGUGUCCAUCAUCAAAGACGCCAUCUUGGAUGCCGAGACACAGCUGGAACAGAAUAAACUGGCAGACUCUUCAGAGAUGUUGAAUGCUGCUGCGGAUAUGUUACAUAAAUUGGCAAGUGACAGAUCCCAGGUAUGCAAAUUCAUUUUGAGCUUCAUAUAUUAUCUUAAGAUCAAGGGGAUUAGAAAGAGGUUAGAUGGAAUGGCAGCUACUAUUAUGCGUGACCGUGAUCAGGAUGCAAUGGCAGCCACUAUUAUGCGUGACUAUGAUCAGGAUGCAAUGGAACCUAUUAUGCGUGACUAUGAUCAGGAUGCACCUGACAUUAAGUGUGUUAAUCCAAGGGGCUGGGUAGUAAGUGACACCUUCGUGGAUACUUCCGAAGUUUUCGGGAGAGACGCUGAUAAGGAAAAGGUUAUAGAGUCUUUGCUGAAACCAAACCAUGAGUUAUCUGUAACUGCUAUAGUUGGGAUGGAAGGUAUAGGAAAAACCACCCUAGCCAAACUGGUGUAUAAUGACAAAAGGAUAGAUGAUCACUUUGAUCUCAAAAUGUGGAUAUGUGUACCUGCGGACUUUGAUAUAAAUAUAUUGAUGCAACGAGCUUAUGGUUUUGCAACCAAUCAAAAUCCUGAUAAAUUAGCAUCGGCGGGUAAUUUGGAAUUCCGCUUGCAAAAAGCAUUGUCUGGGAAGAAAAUUUUGCUUGUUUUGGACAACGUUUUGAAAAAAAAUAAUGAUAAUAUGAUGUACUUCGAGAAAGUACUGGAGCAAUCCAAUGAAAGUCUUUCCCAUAAGGAUAGUAUGUCGUUGUUUGUGAAAUAUGCAUUUGGAUAUCAAGCAAGCAAUGAACAUCAAGACCUCAUUGAAAUUGUGGAAAAAUGUGAUGGGAUUCCUUUAGUAGUGAAAAUUUUAGGAGCCCUAUACCGAUGCACAGGUCCGGGUAAUCGGUUGCCAAUUAUAGAUAAUUUCUUCUGGAGGGAAAUCCAAGAGAGAAGUAUCAUCCGACCCAUGUUGGAAUUCUGCUAUGAGAAUUUGCCAUCUCAUUUGCAAAUUUGCUUGAAGCAUUGCUCCUUAUUUCCAAAGGGUUUUUGUUUUAACAGUCAUUAUCUGAUCCAUUAUUGGAUGGCGCAUAAUUUUCUUAAUUCUGGUGACAAUAACGAAGAGUUGGAAGAUAUCGGGGAGAGAUAUUUGAAGGAAUUAUUUCUUAGGAAUUUCUUUCAAGAUGUGGUAAAUCACGGUUAUUAUUUUACAUUUAAAUUGCAUGAUUUUGUGUAUGAUAUUGUCUUAAAAGACGCAGAAAAUGAUUGCAAAAGGGUGGAUCUCAGAGUCACGUAUCCUAGAAUACAGGCUAAAUAUUUGUCAUUUUAUGGUAUUGAAGACGAUCAUAGAGAAUUUCCAUAUAUUGCACCGGACUUGUUGGCAAUCAUCAUGAAAAGUUAUCCGUUUCAGCCUGUUACUCAAUCCUUCGUUAAUAGAUGGACAUCGAAAUUUAAGCAGAUCCGCCUGUUAUGCUUAAGUGGUUUACAAUUUGAAGUGCUACCGGAUUCUGUCGGUUCAUUGGAACAAUUGAGAUAUCUUGACUUAUCUUGGAAUUUAAUUAUAAUGGAACUCUCGGAGGCAAUUUGUAAACUUAAGAGUUUGCAAACCUUAAUACUUCUUGGUUGUUCAAGACUUAAGCAGUUCCCCGAAAAUAUGCGAAAACUGAUCAACCUCAGAUAUUUGGAAAUAACCACAAAUGCGAGUCUACUGGGAAAUGAACUUAAAUAUUUGCACUCUCUCCAAUAA